CGGGAGCGCGGCCCCGGGCCCGCGGCUGGAGCUGGCGGCCGAGCGCGGCCCCGGAGCCGCCCCUCUCCGCUAUGGGCCUCCUGUCGGACCCGGUGCGCCGCCGCGCCCUCGCCCGCCUCGUGCUGCGUCUCAACGCGCCGCUCUGCGUGCUGAGCUACGUGGCGGGCAUCGCCUGGUUCCUGGCGCUGGCUUUCCCGCCGCUGACCCAGCGCACGUACAUGUCGGAGAACGCCAUGGGCUCCACCAUGGUGGAGGAGCAGUUCGCGGGCGGGGACCGGGCCCGGGGCUUGGCCCGAGACUUCGCGGCGCACCGCAGGAAGUCGGGGGCUCUGCCAGUGGCGUGGCUGGAGCGGACGAUGCGGUCAGUGGGGCUGGAAGUGUACACGCAGAGCUUCUCGCGGAGGCUGCCCUUUCCUGAUGAGACCCACGAGCGCUACAUGGUGUCUGGUACCAACGUGUACGGCAUCCUGCGGGCCCCGCGCGCUGCCAGCACCGAGUCCCUGGUGCUCACCGUCCCCUGCGGCCCGGACUCUACCAACAGCCAGGCAGUGGGGCUGCUGCUGGCACUUGCUGCCCACUUUCGGGGGCAGAUUUACUGGGCCAAAGACAUCAUCUUCCUGGUGACAGAACAAGACCUUCUGGGUACAGAGGCUUGGCUGGAGGCCUACCACGACGUCAACGUCACCGGCAUGCAGUCGUCCCCCCUGCAGGGCCGGGCGGGGGCCAUCCAGGCAGCCGUGGCUCUGGAGCUGAGCAGUGACGUGGUCACUAGCCUCGAUGUGGCUGUGGAGGGGCUCAAUGGGCAGCUGCCCAACCUCGAUCUACUCAACCUCUUCCAGACUUUCUGUCAGAAAGGGGGGCUGCUGUGUACGCUGCAGGGCAAGCUGCAGCCCCAGGACUGGACAUCCGUCGACGGGCCGCUGCAGGGUCUGCAGACUUUGCUGCUUAUGGUUCUGCAGCAGGCCUCCGGCCGCCCCCACGGCCCUCAUGGCCUCUUCCUGCGCUACCGUGUGGAGGCCCUGACCAUCCGUGGCAUUAACAGCUUCCGACAAUAUAAGUAUGACUUGGUGGCAGUGGGCAAGGCCCUGGAGGGCGCGUUCCGCAAGCUCAACCACCUCCUGGAGCGCCUGCAUCAGUCCUACUUCUUCUACCUGCUCCCGGCACUGGCCCGCUUCGUGUCCAUCGGCCUCUACAUGCCUGCUGCCGGCUUUCUGCUCUUGGUCCUUGGUCUCAAAGCUCUGGAGCUGUGGAUGCAAUUGCAUGAGGCCGGAGUGGGCCCCGAGGAGCCUAGGGGGGCCUCUGGACCUAGCCCUCCCGUCCUGCCAGCACAGAGCGUCGGGCUGGCCUCGCUUGUGGCGCCCUUGCUGAUCUCACAGGCCAUGGGUCUGGCCCUCUACAUCCUGCCGGUGCUGGGCCAACAUGUGGCUACCCAGCACUUCCCCGUAGCCGAGGCCGAGGCCGUGGUGCUGACUCUGCUGGCCAUCUACGCGGCAGGCCUAGCCCUUCCGCACAGCACCCAGCGGGUGGUGAGUGCACAGGCCCCAGACAGAGGCUGGAUGGCAUUGAAGCUGGUGGCCCUCAUCUACCUGGCACUGCAGUUGGCCUGCAUCACCCUCACCAACUUCUCGCUGGGCUUCCUGCUGGCCGCCACCAUGGUGCCUGCUGCCGCGCUCACCACGCCCUGCGGGCCCCGGCCCCUCUACGCUGCCCUGCUGGUGCUCACGAGCCCAGCAGCCACGCUCCUGGGCAGCUUGUUCCUGUGGCGGGAGCUGCAGGAGGCCCCGCUGUCCCUGGCUGAGGGCUGGCAGCUCUUCCUGGCGGCGCUGGCCCAGGGCGUGCUGGAGCACCAUACCUACGGUGCCCUGCUCUUCCCGCUGUUGGCUCUGGGCCUCUACCCCUGCUGGCUGCUCUUCUGGAACGUGCUCUUCUGGAAGUGACGUGCGGCUCACAGCCCUGCAGCGUCAGGACUGGGGUGGCAAAUCCCCGCGUUGUCUCUUUGGGAAAUAAACAGCUUUGUUUCAGCUGC